AUGGGUACCUCCUCCGAGCUCAAAACCCCUGUACAGAUGCAACACUCCAACAGUGACAUCGAUGUACUCCCGCAAGAUUCCACUCAUGUUCCUGGCUACGAUCCCAACGUUCAGUUCGAGCCGGCCGAAGCUCGAAAGGCGUUGUUGAAGGUGGACGUCUUCAUUCUGCCUUUUAUUGUGCUAUGCUUCUGCUUCCUUCAAUUCGAUCGUACAAACAUCGGAAAUGCCUUGACCGACACGAUGCGCAAGGACAUCAAUGUCGGCAACACACAAAUCAACCUCGCACAGACGCUGUUCAUCGUCGGCUUCGUCAUCACCGAAAUACCCUUCAACAUGGUCUCCAAAUGGAUUGGUCCUGAACGAUUCCUGCCUGCCACAAUGCUUUUAUGGGGCAUUGUGACCUGGUCACAAAUGUUCAUCAAGAAUGCAGCAGGACUCUACGCCGCCAGAUUCUUCGUGGGUGCCCUGGAAGGCGGGUACAUUCCUGGAUUUGCUCUUUAUAUUUCAAAGUACUAUACGAAUCAGGAGCUUGCCCUACGGUUCGCCAUUUUUUGGGCUUCAAACAGCUUUGCAGGCGCCCUUGGUGGACCUCUCUCGAUCGGCCUGCUCUCUCUUCGGGGAACUCAUGGUCUUCAUGGAUGGCAAUGGCUGUUCCUCAUCGAGGGAAUACUGACUUGCAUCCUGGCAGUCGCAGCCUAUAUCUAUCUACCUCACGGUCCCGCGAAGCCCAAGUCCUUUUUCGGCAAAUCCUCCAACCUCUUCACUGAACGACAAGCCUGCAUCUUGGUCACUCGUGUCAUCCGCAACGACCCUACCAAAGCCCUUAGAUACGGUAAGCCCGUCUUGCCGUCGCACAUCUUGGAGACAUUCAUGGACUGGCGGAUAUACGGCCACCUAGUCGGAGCAUUUCUUUCAAUGAUGAUGAUCCAACCAAUGAACACCUACGCGCCGUCCAUCAUCAAAUCGCUCGGCUUCAGUGGUCUUCAAGCAAACGGACUCAACUCCGUGGGCAGCGUGUGUGCACUAGUUUGGUCCGUCUCUCUGGCAUACAGCAGCGACAAAUUCCGAGAGCGCGGCAUCCAUAUUGUCGUGGGUUAUUUGUGGGGAGCAGCAGGCCUAUUGUGGCUGGCAUUGGCACCCAACGGAGUCGGCAAAUGGGUCCUUUAUGGUGGCGUUGUCAUGACCCAAAUGGGAAUGGGUUCCGCUCAGGCUAUCAGCGCCGCAUGGCUUACAUCCAAGGUGCAAGACUAUAAACGACCAAUUGCGUUGGCAGCCUAUGUUAUGAGUAUCCAGCUCGCUGGGUUCCCGGGCGCCCAGCUCUUCCGAACGCAAGAUGCUCCUCGAUAUAGACAUGGCUUGAUCAUUGCAGCAUCUUGUGCCAUUGCCGGAGCUGUAGUGAUAUUGGUGUGGAAGUUGAUGUAUCGCCUUUUUGACCACGGUGACGGAGGUGUUGAGACCAAGUUUGGUGUCCCACCUGUCGAAGAGAGGACAACAUCAGUUGUGUGAACCAUGUUUGGAGGAUAUUAGGCGACAAGUAUGGCUUAUAGGUGAUCCGCUAGAUAAUUCCGAG